AUACCACCCUCCCCUACCUAGGAAAUAGAAGAAACUUCCACCACCAUCAACAGCAAACCAACCCCUAUCAAGCCCUCGAAAAUGUCCUCACCACCCCCCAAUACCCGCCGCAUCAUCACAACCCACACCCCCUCCCGCACCGCCACCAUCGCCAUCAACGCCCCCAAAGCACCCACCGCCCUCGACGACGGCACCUACCUCAACCCCCUCUGGUCCUCCACCGAGAUCCCCGCCACGAUCGACCAGGACCCAACCAAGAUCGAACCCAACUCAACCGCCGCAACAACCGGCGGCUCCGUCUUCUGCACCUACGAUCUGCCCCCGCGGUACGAGGGCCCGAUGCACCGCUCCAUCACCCUCGAUUAUGUCACCGUCACCCGCGGCGUGGUCACGCUGAGCACGGAUGACGGGUCCACGGUGACGCUGCAGGCGGGCGAUACGGUCGUGCAGAGGGGGACCAUGCACAAGUGGGGGAAUCCGUCGGAUGAGUGGGCGAGGUUGACUUCCGUGAUGGUGCAGGCGAGACCGGUGGUGGUGGAGGGGGAGGCGAUGGGGGCGGUCUGGCCGUUUUAGGUCCUUCGAUUUUCUGGUGGAUGGGAUGGGGUGGUCAACUUGAUGAGGAAUUCGGGUUGUGGUGGGUUUAUGUGGAAGGUGUACUGGGAUCCAUUUUGUCUGCAUCCGGGGUCGUUGGUCGGGAUUAGGGCGUUGUUGUUAUUGUUUCUUUUUGUUU